CUCGCUCCCUCCACACUUGACACUCCUCUUUCUUCCAGGGAGAAGAGGAGAGAGAUGAGUCCUCAUGGGCCUCUAGGCUGCUCUAUGUCCUUCAUUUUCUCUACCAUAUAAUGAGCUCAGACCCUAACCUCUUCUUCUCAGAAGAAGAUGGAUCAAAAUCAUGAAGAUCAAUCCAUUGCACACCAACAUUCACUACAAAACCAAGUUCUGGACGCUCUUUACUGCUCCGAAGAGCACUGGGAGGAAGAAGUUGGGGAGGUCUGUUUCCAUGGAGGAGAUGAAGUGGAAGAUAACUUUGAUGGAAUUAGUACUGAUAUUGAACCAAACCCUUUUCCAUUAAUCUUGCUAGAUCAACAAGAAACAUUGAGGGAUGAUGGGGAGCUUAUCUCCCUACUCUCUAAAGAACUGCAAAAUGAUCAACCCUUUGAGAAUCUAAAGAACGACCCAUAUCUUGCUGGGACUCGUAAAGACGCUGUGGAGUGGAUGCUGAAGGUCAAUGCUCAUUACUCUUUCUCUGUUCUCACUGCGAUUCUAGCUGUCAACUACCUUGAUAGGUUCCUUUCAAGCUUCCAAUGUCAGGCUGGGAAGCCAUGGAUGAUCCAACUUGCUGCUGUAGCUUGUCUUUCUCUCGCCGCCAAGGUCGAGGAGACUCAAGUGCCCCUUUUGAUAGACCUGCAGGUGGAGGACAGUAGGUACGUAUUUGAGGCCAAAACCAUUAAGAGAAUGGAGAUUCUGGUGCUCUCCACACUUCAGUGGAAGAUGAAUCCUGUAACUCCACUUUCAUUUCUUGAUUAUUUCAUAAGGAGGCUUGGGUUAAAGGGUCAUCUCUGUUGGGAAUUUCUAUGGAGGUGUGAGCGCAUCCUUCUCUCUGUCCUCACGGAUUCUAGGUUCAUGUCUUAUCUCCCUUCUGUUGUGGCUACUGCUACAAUGCUGCACGUUGUUCGCAAUGUAGAACCCUGUCUUCUUGUCGAAUAUCAAAACCAGCUAUUGGGUAUUCUCGGAAUCGACAAGGAAAAGAUCGAUAACUGCUCCGAGCUCAUCUCAGAAUUGGCAUCAGGAGGCUACUGCAAUCAAUCCAACAAGCGCAAGUUCGGCUCCAUACCCGGCAGCCCAAAGGGCGUAAUGGACGUGUCAUUCAGCUCAGACAGCUCAAACGAUUCGUGGGCCGUGGCGGCGCCAUCGGUCGUUUCUUCACCCGAGCCACUGUCAAAGAAGAGCAGGGCUGAUCCGGACCAGCUUCUGCGCUCGCUGAACCAUCAAAGUGCAGAUUUUUUCAGCAUUCCUCACUCAAGCUAGUUCCCUAAAAUUCCAAUCUUUUUGUUUUUUUGGUUUCCUUUCUUAUGGGAUUAUGUAGUCCUGUAUGUUUAAUAAUUAUAUAAUGUUCUUUUUCUAUGUUGCCUACCAUCUCUGCAAUAUUUCUAGCCAACCCCAAUUUCGCAGGCCAUUAAACAUGGCUUCAUCACGACCUCUUUGGAGGAUUGGUUGUGGGAGGUCUGGGAGCAGAGAUGGUUGGCAUUUUUUUCCCGAGGAAAGUAGUAAAAAGGACAUGAACAUACUAAUUAAUGAACGGCUCUGGUGAUCGCAGUAA